UCCUUUUCUUGCACUUCAAGUUUGAUUUACAUAUCUUCCUCAAUAAAUUAUAUAUAUACUUAUGCAGGUCCUUCUCUCGCAAUUUUCAAGAGAAGAAUGAAAAUGGGUUUACAUUUUCAUAUUCUUCUUCUCCUAAUUUUAAUGGCAUUUUCACCAAAACAGUGCCAUUCAUGGAGUUGGUUCUCUUCUUCUUCAAUGGAGUCCGCUUCAGCCAAAACUAAUAUUAUAAAAAAUUCUGUUGCUGAAUUUUCAAUGGAUGGUCUUAGAGAUGAAAAGGGAAUGAAAUUAGUUGAAAAUGCCAAAAAUAAAUUGGACAGUUCAAAUUCUUGCUGGCAAAAUUCUUAUCAGCAACUUUUUGAAGGUUGUUCACAAAUUCUUGCUGUUGAAGAGAAAAGGUCAAGAUUUGCUUGGCAUCUCAGUGAUUGCUUUCAAAGGGAUUCCGGCCGACCGCCUUUUCCUACCUGUGAUACAAAAUCUGCCAUGAUUAAUUGUCUCAAGAAAUUGAAUGAUAAUGAACAUAAAGUUUAUCUUGAGUUCUUACUUGAAACCAAUUCCAUUUGCUACCAAUUACAAGCACAUGCUUUCAAGUAUAAAAUGGAGAGAUUAGUGAAUGAUCUUAAAAAUUCUGCAGAGCACACCACAGAUCAGCUAGGAAUCAUACAAGAGAAAACAAAUAUGCUAUCGAAAAGCUCAGAUCAGAUUCAUGAGACUUUAAAUUCAAUUGAUUCUAGUGUUCAAAAUGUUGCUCAAACAACAAAAGAUGUAAAAGGACAUAUGCAUAUUUUAUCUCAGCAUUCAGAUGCUAUUUAUAACCAAUCUAAAGAAAUAGCAAAUUCGCAAUCUGAAAUUCGAGAAGAACAGACAAGAAUGAAUGAGAAAUUGAAGGAGGGUAUGGAAACAAUUCAUGAUGCUUACUCAAAUUUAGGGCAACAAGUGGAGAUUUUGAGAAUUGAGGCUGUUGAAAUAGAGAAGCAGAUUGAUACAGUUGGAGAAAAAAUGUCUUCAAAAAUGCAAUAUUUGCAGAACACAGCUGAUGAUAUUGAAGAUAAGGCAGGGAAAUCAUUAGACAAGCAGAAAGAACUUCUUGAUGGGCAAUCCACUGCACUUAAAGGUCUGCAACUACUAACUGAAUUCCAGUCAGAAGCAUUGGAAGAAAGCAGGAUCACUCUUCAAAGAUUAGUAGAAUAUGGCCAUAAACAGCAAGAACAGCUUCUCCAAAGGCAAGAACAGCUUCAACAAGUUCAUGACCAUCUGAUGCAAAAUUCUAAGUCAAUGUUGGCAGCUCAGGAAGCUUUUGAAUCAAAGCAAGCAAGCAUGUUCAUUGCAUUGGAUAAGCUAUUUGCUUUGCAUAAUGCUAUGUUACUCGAGUCGCGAAUAAUUAAAUCUUUCUUCAUCUACUCCAUGUCAAUCUUUAUCAUUUACAUGUUUACUAGCACAAAACAAACAUAUACUGUAAGGGCCAGGCUAUAUAUUGGUCUUUGUGCUACAUUCUUGAUUGAAGUAGCAGUACUUAGAAUAACAACAAAUGACAUUGAACAACAAGCAUGGCUACUUAAUUUGAUCAGGUCACUGUUUGUGCUUCUGUCGUCCCUUCAGUUUCUACAUGCCAUUUUCACAUACAGGGACUAUGAAGUUUUGAAUCAUCAUAUGAUACAAACAUUAAUUGACAAGGUUAAUGACAUGCAAAGAAAUAAAGAAUUGUUAUGGGAAACAGAAAGUGAAGUAAACUGGAGUUCAUGGGUUGAAACUGAAUUACCAGAAGAAGUUGAUUACUUAGAAGAUCCUGACUAUAUGUAUCCAGAAGAGGUUGGAGAGAACUCUAUUAUUUCCACAAAUUCCAUAACAAGAAAAUAUGAUCUGCGCUCCCGAUACCGUGGCUGAAACAAUUUUCCAGCAUUAGUUCAAGAUUGAUAUAACAUACACUAACCCAGUUAUUUUUAGUGGUUCGAGAGUGAUAUGUAAUUACUUUUACUUGUAAACAGUCUUUUGGAAUGAAACAUAUUGCUUUAUUUUGAUCCUUAUAUAAAUAUACCAACCCCAAGUAACCAAAAAAUAGUAAAAGAAAGAAAGAUUUUAAAGCAUUCACAAACUACUGCAGCUAGGAACUAAUCAGCUUAAAAAAAAAAAAAAAAAAAAAAAAAAAAAAAGA